AUGAAGCUGGGAUUUGUCUGUGCUCUGCUUUCUCUCCUGGCAGGGAGCAGCUGGGCCGACACCAGAGCCAUUGGGGCUCAGGAAUGCCAACCCAACUCGCAGCCGUGGCAGGCUGGCCUCUUCUACCGCACCCACCUCUUCUGUGGGGCGACCCUCAUCAGUGACCGUUGGCUGCUCACAGCUGCCCACUGCUACAAGCCGUAUCUGUGGGUCCGCCUCGGGGAGCAUCACCUCUGGAAAUGGGAGGGCCCAGAACAGCUGUUCCGGGUCACGGACUUCUUCCCCCACCCUGGGUUCAACCAGGACCUUAGAGCUCAAGAUCACAACAAUGACAUCAUGCUGAUCCGUCUGCCCAGGAAGGCACGCCUGGGACCUGCCGUGCAGCCCCUCAACUUCAGCCAGACCUGUGUCUCCCCAGGCACCCAGUGCCUCAUCUCAGGCUGGGGGGCCGUGUCCAGCCCCAUGGUGGAGUACCCGCUCACGCUGCAGUGUGCCAACAUCAGCAUCCUGGAGCCUAGACUCUGCCAUCGGGCAUAUCCAGGCCAGAUCUCCAAGCACAUGCUCUGUGCGGGCCUGUGGCAGGGGGGCCGGGGCUCCUGCCAGGGUGACUCCGGGGGCCCGCUGAUUUGCCAUGGGACUCUGGCAGGUGUGGUGUCGGGGGGCUCGGAGCCCUGCUCCAGACCGCGGCGCCCCGCCGUCUAUAGCAGCGUGUGUCACUACGUGCACUGGAUCAAAAAGACGAUGAAGGAAAACUGA